CAAACGUCAUUCGAAAGUUUACGCGUGUGGAAGACGGCUGGGCCUUGUAAAUAAAUGAAGAAAUCGUAAUUAAAUUACAAUUCAUUUAUUUUACUUACGAUCUAACGACGCUACAUUUUGGUCUUUAGUUAAACGUUUACUGUUUUAACCAUAUUGUAGCGUAUAACAUCGAAAUAAUUAGACACGUGAUUGUUCAGUAUAAACAAGUGGUCGUAAUUUAUUGUGACCGCCGAAUUUAAAAUGGUUGAUCAGAAAAAUGUACUAGUGAUCGGUAGCGGAGGCCGCGAGCACGCCUUGUGUUGGAAGUUGGCGGAUUCGCCGUUCGUUCGUCAAAUUUACUGCGCGCCGGGUAGUGUCGGAAUUUCGACAACAAACAAAGUUGAAUCCGUCGAUCUCGACAUCAAGAAUUUUCAGGUGCUAGCACAAUGGUGCAAAGACCACAACAUCGAUUUAGUCCUAGUCGGUCCAGAGGACCCACUAGCCAACGGCAUAGUAGACGGACUUACCUCGCACGGCGUCAAGGUGUUCGGACCUACGAAGGCCGGAGCCCAGAUUGAGGCCAACAAGGACUGGUCUAAGGCCUUCAUGGCGCGUCAUCAGAUACCCACUGCGCGGUAUAAGUCGUUCACUGAUGCUGCUGCUGCUAAGGCGUUUAUUAAUAGCGCCAACUACCCAGCCUUAGUAGUAAAGGCCGCUGGCCUAGCAGCCGGCAAGGGUGUCGUGGUCGCCGCGACCAAAGAAGAGGCCUGCCAAGCUGUGGACGACAUCCUCACUGACGCCAAGUAUGGUGCCGCCGGGGAGACUGUUGUCAUUGAAGAGUUGCUUGAAGGAGAAGAGGUUUCGGUCCUUGCCUUCACCGAUGGCGAGACUGUUUCCAUGAUGCCCCCUGCGCAAGACCACAAGCGCCUCGGAGACGGUGACACAGGCCCCAACACCGGUGGAAUGGGCGCCUAUUGCCCCUGCCCUCUCAUCACACCGGAUCAGCUGUUGGAUGUAAAGGAUCAAGUGUUGCAAAGAGCUGUCGAUGGAUUGAAGUCUGAAGGCAUCAAAUAUGUUGGUGUUCUGUACGCUGGCAUGAUGAUAACUAAGUCUGGCCCCAUGACACUGGAGUUCAACUGCCGCUUCGGAGACCCGGAGACACAGAUCCUGAUGACGCUUAUGGAGACAGACCUAUACACCGUCUUGAAGGCUUGCGUGGACGGCACUUUGAAACAACUACAAGUCACAUGGAACACCAAACUGUCUUCGGUCGGCGUCGUCAUAGCAUCAAAAGGAUACCCAGAGACUUCCACCAAAGGAUGCGUCAUCAGUGGUCUCUCCCAAGUCCAAUCGAACCCUGGCGUAGUCGUUUUCCACAGCGGCGUAGCCCGCGGCGCUAACGGCACCCUAGUUACCGCCGGUGGCCGAGUCUUGCUCAUUUGUGCUCGAGCGGCUUCGCUCCGUGCUGCGGCUGCGGCGGCUGCUGCUGCCGCGGCCGCUGUAGACUUCCCUGGCAAGCAGUACAGGAAGGACAUCGCGCACAAGGCCUUCUCCAAAAUCAACGGCCUCUCCUACCUCCAAGCCGGUGUCGACAUCGACGCCGCAGCGUUGCUUGUACGCAAAAUCGAGCCCCUAGCCACCGGCACACAUCGCCGUGGCGUCCUAGGCCGUUUGGGGUGCUUCAGUGGCCUGUUCCAACUUGCAGCCAUGGACCCGCUGCUGAAAGACCCCGUAUUGGUUCAGGGGACCGAUGGAGUUGGAACUAAACUUAAGAUAGCGGAAACCAUGAAGAAAUACGACACGAUCGGUCAAGACCUGGUCGCUAUGUGUGUGAACGACAUCCUCUGCGCCGGAGCGGAACCUUUCGCGUUCUUAGACUACAUGGCCUGUGGGAGGUUACAGGUUGAUGUGGCGACAACCAUUGUCAGCGGCAUCGCUGAUGCCUGUAUACAAUCUGGCUGUGCACUGCUGGGUGGUGAAACCGCUGAAAUGCCCACAAUGUACGACAUCGGCAAAUACGACCUCGCUGGUUUCGCAGUGGGAGUGGUCGACAACCACAAACAACUGCCGCGCACUAGAGAGAUCAGAGCUGGCGAUGUUGUCCUCGCGUUAGCCUCUACUGGUGUCCAUAGCAACGGGUACAGCUUGGUACAGAAGAUCAUGUUGGAGACUGGACACAGCUACUUCGAGAAGGCCCCAUUCAGCACCACCAACAAAACCUUUGGCGAGGAGUUCCUCGAACCAACCGGUUUAUACGUGACCGCGCUCCUCCCGGCCGUCAAGAAAGGCUCCAUUAAAGCCAUGGCACAUAUUACUGGGGGAGGCCUGCUGGAGAAUAUACCGAGGGUGUUGCCGGCUGGAGUCAAAGUUGUGCUGGAUGCGCUGAAGUUCAAGAUCAAACCUAUCUUCGGAUGGCUGCAGGCUAAGGGUGGUGUUUCUGACUUCGAAAUGCUUCGCACUUUCAACUGCGGAGUGGGUAUGGCGGUGAUCGUAGACCCUGUGUGCCUUAAUGAGGUGCUAGCGUCGGUUCCUGAGAUCCAAAUCGUCGGUACCGUACAGGACUUGGGCAAGGAAGGCGGUCACCAGGUGGUCGUGGAAAACUUCAAGGAAGCUAUGGCGCCCCUCACUGCGCCGUUCGGAGGAGCGCAGAGCCAGAGCUUCAAAUCUCUUUCGUACAAGGACAGUGGCGUCGAUAUCGAGGCGGGAGACUCUCUCGUGUCGCUCAUCAAGCCCCUUGCUAGGUCCACAUCACGUUCCGGCGUGUUGGGUGGCCUCGGUGGUUUCGGAGGAUGCUUCCAACUGAAAGCCAUCGAACAAGAAUACAAGGACCCAGUCCUAGUCCUUGCCUCAGACGGCGUGGGUACCAAACUCCAAAUCGCCCAGAAGAUCAACCAGCACAACACCAUCGGGGUCGACCUCGUGGCCAUGUGUGUCAACGACAUUCUCUGCAACGGCGCCAGUCCGUUAACCUUCCUGGAUUAUUUCGCUUGUGGAAGACUAGAUGUCACUGUGGCUAGGGCUGUGGUUUCUGGAGUAGCUGAGGGAUGUAGGCAGGCACAGGCUGCGCUUAUAGGCGGAGAAACCGCAGAGAUGCCUGGAAUGUACGAUCAGGGCGUAUACGACAUCGCGGGAUUUGCGCUCGGCGUUGUUGAGAGGAGCCACAUCCUGCCCAAAAUACAGGAGAUCACGGUUGGCGACACAAUUAUCGGUCUGCCCUCAAACGGAGUUCACAGCAACGGCUUCAGUUUGAUCCACAAACUUGUCAAGAAGGCCGGUCUGACACUCAACGACAAGGCGCCUUUCAGUAAGGAAGGAUUAACUUUAGGCGAAGAGCUAAUCAAACCAACCCGCAUCUACGUCCGCGCAGUACUCCCAGCCCUACGAAGAGGUAUAGUAAAGGCCGCAGCACACAUCACAGGCGGAGGUCUCCUGGACAAUAUCCCCCGCGUCACACCAGAGUGGGUGCGCGCCCGCCUUAACGCACACUGGUGGAAUGUGCACCCUGUGUUCGCUUGGAUCGCGGACGCAGGUUCAGUCUCCGAUGAAGAAAUGGUACGGACCUUCAACUGCGGUAUCGGUAUGGUGCUCAUCGUGUCCCCUGAUGACCAGGCUGAGGUGAUGAACAUCACCCGGGCGUACGGAGCCAUGGUUAUCGGGAGCAUCCAAGCGCGGCCCGCGGGCGGCGCGCGCGUCAUCGUCGACAACUUCGCCUCCGCGCUCGACUUCACCCGGCGAAUGCCCACUCUGCCCAGCAAGAAGGUAGCAGUACUAGUGUCAGGCAACGGCAGCAACCUGCAAGCCUUACUGGACACGUCCCGCGACCCCGCGCAGUGCCUGUGCUCGGACAUCGCGCUCGUCAUCAGCAACAAGCCGGACGCCUUCGCUCUCAAGCGGGCCGAGAAGGCUGGCGUGCCUACUUUGGUAUUCAAACACAAAGACUACAAGAGCCGCGAAGAGUUCGACCGCGCCAUCAGCGCGGCGUUAGAGGCGCACAAAAUCGACAUCGUCUGCCUUGCCGGCUACAUGAGGAUACUGUCCAGCGAAUUUGUCAAAAAAUGGAAAGGCAAACUGGUCAACAUUCAUCCCUCACUGUUACCCCUACACCCCGGCCUGGAGGCGCAGAAACAGUGUCUUGAGGCUGGCGACCGGGAGAGCGGCUGCACGAUACACUUCGUCGACGAGGGCAUGGACACAGGCCCAAUCAUCCUCCAAGAGCGUGUACCGGUCCUCAAGGACGACACAGUCGAGACCCUCACGGAGCGCAUCCACAUGGCAGAGCACCGCGCCUUCCCGCAAGCCCUCCGCCUACUCGCCACAGGGCGAGUCCGGCUCAGCCAGCAGGGAAACAUCAUGUGGUACUCUGUUUAGAUGUGUAAUCUGUGACCGAGCUAAUCAAUAAUAUUUUGUCUAUGAAACAAGUGAUUUUGUGAGCGCGCAGAUGUUUUAUGCGAUAGACACAUGGGAUCAAUGAAAUGUAGGGGAAAGUAUAUAAUGCUAAGGAUAAUAGCAUUUUCAUCUUUUUAAAUAUGUAUUUCGUGAUCGUUGUCGCUUAAAACGCAUAAAA